AUGGCGCCGUCCCGACACGCCCCCGGACCGGCUACCACCACGCACCAGUCAGACCCCACUCGCAAGCCCCCACUCGCAAGCCCCCUCCACCCCCCGUUUCCCCUGGCAAGUUCGGUUACUGUAUCCUCAGCGAAGGUCAGUGUUGGCUCGGCGUUACGUGAGGGCACUGAAAAUGGCUCCAUUGUCAAAGUAUCUAGUCACGAUGGUGCCUGCCCACCGCGGCCCCUUCUCUUCCUUCUAUUCUCUUCGGUUCCCCAGCUUUCCCGCUCCCUCGACAGCGAGCGCUUCUCUGCCCCUCGCCUCUCACUGUGGCCUGUUCUCUUCUAUUCUUCGUGCUUCCUCUUUUUGUCGUUUCCGCUCGCCAUUUUCUGGAUGCGUCUUCCCUGGAACCAGUCGUGGACCGAUCUACUCGUGAGCUGCCAGCCACUUCGUCAUAUCGCAGUCUUGUAG